CAUGUACAAAAUAUCUCCAAAGUUCAAAAUAAGUCGUAGAUAUCAUCAGAGGAAAGACGAUGAUGGUCAAAUGUCUUUCCUCGAUAGCGGGGCUUAUCGGAGAACUUAUCGGAGGACACCGAUAGUGUCUAUGGAAACAGCAUUAACAUUAUAACUCAUUACUCGAUGGAAAUUAUAAACUUCAAUAUCAUAAAAACUCUCUUUUGUCUAUUUUUCCCCCUUCAGUUCUGAAAUCUCUUCUCAAAGUAAAGUUGGCUUUUAACGUUUUUGUUUCUCAACCGUUUCCUGGAAUAACGCAAGAUGGCUUUCGAAACUGAAUACAAGACUGAAGAUGUUGCUGUAACAUCUGUCCCAUCCGAUGAGAUUGAUACCACUUUUCGUUCAUCCUGUAUUGGUAAGUCAUAAUUUAUGUUGGUGUUACAUUUCUUGAGACAAGAAUGGCUUGAUGAUUUUUAAAAACUGUCUUGCUUACAAGUAAGAGCAUGGGAGAAAAGCUGUCUACUCUUUCAAUAGAUAACAUGUAUGCUACAAGCUGAUAUAGAACACCUCAAGCGGGGUGAAGUUGUGCUGUCAGGUGCGAUAUCAAAUGGUUCAAAUUUUCGAAAGUUUCAAUAACAAGCUCCACGUUAGUUCUUUGACUAAUCAUUCAUCCUAGAUCUGGUAUCUGGUACGCUUGGUGGAAAAGUUCUUUCAUUCUCAGAUGAAUGGUUUGCGGAAGCAAAUAAUCUUCUUACUCCUACCCCACCCAUCAGACAACCAGGAAAGAUGGUAUAUACCGGUGCAUGGUAUGAUGGGUGGGAAACUCGUCGACAUAAUACUGAGCCUUUCGAUUAUGUCGUGAUUCGCCUUGGAGUUGCUUCAGGAACAGUCGAGGGAAUUGAAGUUGACACAGCUUUCUUCUCUGGAAAUCAUGCACCUGCCAUCUCUGUUGAAGGUGUAUUUAGUGACAACGAUGAAGAAGUGAUUGGAUGGAAAGGUGGUCGAGGAAAAUGGGAGACAAUUCUUGGUCUUCAAGAGUGUGGUCCUUCCAAGAGAUUUGGGUGGAAGCUUACCGUUCCAACCACAAAAGCCUUUACCCACGUCAGACUCAAUAUGUAUCCAGAUGGUGGAAUUGCUCGAUUCAGACUCUUUGGUCACGCCAUACCAGUUUUCCCAGAAGACAAAAGUGCCAUUUUCGAUUUAGCUGCCGCUCAAAAUGGAGCAGUUGCUAUCUCUUGUAGUGAUCAGCACUUUGGAGUCAUCGCCAACCUCAUAUUACCCGGCCGUGGCAAAGAUAUGGGAGAUGGUUGGGAAACAUCAAGAUCUAGAGGAAAAGAUCAUGUGGAUUGGGCUAUCAUCCGAUUGGGUGCACCAGGCACUAUUGAAAAUCUGAUUGUUGAUACAGCAUUCUUUAGGGGCAACUUUCCACAAAAAGUGAAGGUUGAGGCUAUAAGUUGGAAUGGUGAAGGGGAGCCUAGUAACUCAGCUGAAGGAUGGACUGCGGUUAUUGAGCCCAGUAAGACUAGUGCUGACAAGGAGCAUGAAUUUGAUUCCUUGGUAAAGGAUAAAACAUUUACGCAUGUUAAGUUAAUUAUGAUUCCAGAUGGAGGAGUCAAAAGAAUUAGGGUGUUCGGAAAGAGAAGUGUUUAGAUGAGAUAGGGAGAAAAUACUCACAAUACUCACAAUACCACAGGAGUUUUAGCCCCUGGUGAAAAUUGGAAGAAACAACAGUUGAAACAAAGCUUUGAGCAUGGAAGAAGUAAAUGAAAACUAUAACAUGAUAUUACUCCUUGCCACUGCCCUGACGGCUCAUUAAUAGGUUUAUCCAUAUUAGAUAUAUUUCAAGUCAUAAAACAAUUCCCACAUCUAAUUCUCAUUUAUAGGAAACAAUGGUAAGGCUGAAGACUAACUUAACUGCCCACUGCCCUCCCUUCCAUACCUUAGUGAAACCUUGUAAACGCUCGGACAAUUUCCCAAGAU